UAUCAAUUCAUUUUGUGCUAAUUUAAGAGCCCGACAUUCUAAUAAUUUGACCGUCCACCAAAUUUGGUGAAACAAUGGCAAGAACAUCAAUUUAGGUCGCCUGUGAUCGAAGUGGAAUGGGACAGGAAGUAGGGGCUUUCAGGAAGAAGAAGCAAGAAGCAAGUGGCGGGAAUAAUCAUCAAUGCAAAUUACGGGCUAAGUUACAGCAAUGAGCAAUGCUAUAUACUAAUAUAUUGAAGAUUAAAAAUCUGUCAUUGUUUUGGAAAUUCAUGUUUUUCACACUAUAACAAGAAGAUAACACUAAUCGCUGGAGUAGACCAGGCAUGAGCGGCGCACACCUGGACGAAUGGCAGAAAAGGUCCUUUGACAUUUCAUCUGGCAGCUGCACACCUGAACAGACGGCCGAUGCCUACCGGGCUCACAUCCUCUCCAUUCAGUAUGCAUGGGCAAGCUCCCAGCUCUCUCAGGCCAGCAUGGCCAGCCUGCUCAGGACCUACUCGGAACGCUAUGCCGCAGUGCUGGACUCGGAUGACCCCCACACAGGGCUAAACAACUAUGCAGAGAGUGCGCUCCAUCUGGCCCGCAAUCAGAAGAACUACAGCGACAAAUGGGAGUCUUCCCUUACUUUGGAGAGCAUGCUGCAAUUGCCCUCUGUGCAGAAGAUGAUUCAAGCAAAAACAGAAGGAGGAGGCUUCACAGUGGCACCAACAGAUGUUGACAUACCUGUGGGACAAGAGAGCAGAGGCAGCCAUUCCACUGCUCCCUUUACAGCAGCCAGGUCAGAAGCUGCAUGGUGUAAAACUGUAGGACAGCCACAGCCUAACUCAGACAUUAACAAUACAGCUGGUAAUCUUGCUAAUUUUUCUGCUGAGAGGCCAAAAUUCAGUGAUGGGAUAUCGAGCCAUUUAAACUCAUUUUCUCGACUUCCAGCUCGACCACAGUCUCUGUUUAGUCCCCCUUCCUCAGCUCUUCCACAAGGGAACCCUGCUGCUGCAGGAGGCACGCAAAACUAUCAGCCUUCCUUCUUUCCCUCCUCCAACCCACCUAAACGAAAAAACUUUUACUCCUCAGAUGGAGGGGAUGGUGGCAGGGGGCAACAUGGAGGUCAAGGAAGCACCGACCAGCGAGCCGGAAGCAACUUCAGAACGGCUCGGGAGCAGUUCGUCGUUGAUCAGUACAAAAAACACUCCCAUCAGCCUCAGAGAGGUCAGAACCCUGGGAUGGCAGCAACUGUGAAGAAAUCUCUGGGCGCCAACAGACCUCGAGGUGCGUUUUCAAAGUUUGUGUCGCCCAUCCCGAGACAGGAGGAGGAUGACAACGCGGCAAGCCGAAAUUCCAAUCAGGAAUCUCAAAUCCUGGACGAGCGUCUGAAGAACUUUGAGCCAAAGAUAAUUGAGCUGAUCAUGAGUGAGAUCAUGGAUCACGGGCCUCCUGUCGCUUGGGAUGACAUAGCAGGCCUGGACUUUGCCAAGACUACCAUACAGGAGAUUGUGGUGUGGCCCAUGCUGCGACCUGACAUCUUUACUGGUCUCCGUGGACCACCCAAAGGCAUCCUGUUGUUUGGACCCCCAGGAACUGGAAAAACUCUAAUAGGAAAAUGCAUCGCAUGUCAGUCUGGUGCCACUUUCUUUAGCAUCAGUGCUUCAUCGCUCACAUCCAAAUGGGUGGGCGAAGGAGAAAAACUGGUGCGAGCCCUUUUUGCCAUCGCCCGCUGCCACCAGCCCGCUGUCAUUUUCAUCGAUGAAAUUGACUCCUUGUUGUCCCAGCGGACAGACGGCGAGCACGACUCAUCACGCAGGAUAAAGACAGAGUUCUUGGUUCAGCUGGACGGAGCGGCCACAGCAGCUGAAGACCGCAUUUUGGUGGUGGGAGCCACCAACCGGCCCCAGGAGAUAGACGAGGCUGCCCGUCGACGGCUGGCAAAGCGACUUUACAUCCCCCUGCCUGAAGCUGCAGCCCGACAGCAGAUAGUGACAAACCUCAUGGCUCGAGAGAAAAAUCAGCUGAGAGAGCAAGAGCUGGAGAGCGUGGUCAAAGCCACAGAGGGCUUCUCCGGAGCUGACAUGACUCAGCUGUGCCGAGAGGCGGCCCUGGGACCCAUACGCAGCAUCCAGCUAAGUGACAUCGCCACGAUCACUGCAGAUCAGGUGCGACCAAUUCUCUACGGCGACUUCCAGGAGGCCCUGAAGACUGUGCGGCCCAGCGUCUCGGCUAAAGACUUGGAGCUGUUUGAGGAGUGGAAUCAGACCUUUGGAUGCGGACGUUAAACUUUGCUCUUCAACUUGUACUGUUAUUUUUCUCCUUUGUUCAAGUUGUGAAUGUUAUCUAGAAUUCAGUAAAAGUAAAUGUUGUCAGCUGUGGAAAAGAUAUAAAGAUUGUAAAUUCUGCCUUGACUUUACAUAUUCUCACCAAACAGUAAAAAAAUAAAUAAAUAAACAUGAUCUUAACAAAGGUAUUACAUUAUACUGCCCAGUUAUUUGUUAUUUGGUGUGCUUUGGUUUAUUUUAGCUUCUUUCUUUGCACAACUAAGCUGUUGUUUUGUUAUCUGGUUGCAGGACUCCAAAUGUUCUAGAUGUUGCAAGUUACUAAGAGUGGGAAAUGUUGAAAUACUUCCAUUAAAUGCCAUAUUCGUGUUGUGUUACCUACAGUUUGUGAUGAGGCUUUUAGCCCCCGCCACAGUUGUUCCCAGCAGUUUGUGCCGGCUGUUAUUCUCAGAAACUAAUUCUCCUGCUGCUGUGUGAUUUGAUGCAGCCACUGUGUUGUGUACACGAUGAGUGUUCCAGAUGAGAAAGUUUGCAUUGUUUUUGUAAUUGCAUGCCCAAACAUUUUUUAUAAAAAAAAAUAAAACUUAAUUCUUGAA